UACUCAUUAUGUCCUAAAAUACAAAAAGUUAAUUAUGGCAUCAACCAAAUCUUUCAUCACUGCUUUCCUUCUUGUUGUAACAACGUCAAGCAUGAUCCUAGAAGCUCGCCAACUUUUGCAAACAACCCUACAACCAAAUUUGUCUGGCAUUCCAACUUUGCCACCUUUGCCUUCAAUUCCAACAUUGCCUCAAGCAAGUCUUCCUCCAUUACCUACUAACAUUCCAUCUCUUCCUAAGCUCACUAUGCCACCAAUUCCUACCUUUCCUACAAAUAUUCCAUCUCUCAACAUUCCGCCUUUGCGAGCAAUCACUUCACUUCCCAACAUUCCGCCUUUGCGAGCAAUCACUUCACUUCCCAACAUUCCCACCUCAAUCCCAAUCACUUUUCCUUCCAUUCCAUUUCUUUUCCCACCACCUUCUUCAACCUCUAGCCCUUAA